UACUUGCCUACUGUUAAAGUUUUCUUUUGUCAAAAAAAUUAAACAAAUGCGGUAUCUGACUUUUUUUCCCUUUCCCGUCGUGGAGCCCCUUGUAAUAUUCGCGCUGAAAAGGGCAGAAUGAACCGUUAAUAACGACGGCCGACGAGGUGUGUGAUUUUGUGAAUUCUCUCUGCCACUUCGAACGCUUCUUUCAAAAGCCGUUACAGGAUUCCGAACGGCCAUUUUCUGCAAUGCAUUAAACUCCAUCAAUCGGCAAUGUAAUAAGUCGUAUAUCUUAAUUAAAUCUGCUGAAUUGUUGUGGAGAUUUGGGAGAAGGUCCGAGAUGGGUUUCAUAAGCACUAUAUUGGGGGUUUUUGGCUUUGGAUUUGGGAUCACUAUAGGUCUCUUGAUCGGAUAUUUUCUGUUCAUUUACGUCCAACCCACCAAUGUCAAGGACCCUGAUAUACGACCUUUGGGAGAACAAGAUUCUGAUAGUCUUCAAAAGCUUCUCCCAGAAAUACCACAUUGGGUGAAAAAUCCGGAUUUUGACCGUCUUGAUUGGCUUAACAGAUUUAUUGAAACCAUGUGGCCAUAUUUGGACAAGGCAAUUUGCAAGACAAUAAAGCAAAUAGCAGAUCCUAUAAUAGCUGAGCAAAUUCCUAAAUUCAAAAUUGAUUCAGUUGAAUUCCAAGAACUUACACUGGGAAGCCUGCCACCUACUUUUCAAGGAAUGAAGGUUUUUUCCACUGAUGAAAAGGAACUGAUAAUGGAAGUAGCCUUGAAGUGGGCUGGUAAUCCCAACAUCCUUGUGGCGGUCAAAGCAUUUGGGUUGAAAGUCACUACUCAGGUGCUUGACCUGCAAGUAUUUGCUUUGCCACGCAUUACACUGAAGCCACUGGUUCCAAGCUUUCCAUGUUUUGCAAAAAUUCUUGUAUCACUCAUGGAGAAGCCUCACAUUGACUUUGGACUAAAAUUGCUAGGAGCUGAUGCUAUGUCCAUUCCAGGCCUAUAUACAUUUGUGCAGGAAUUGGUAAAAGAACAAGUUGGUAACAUGUACAUGUGGCCAAAAACACUCGAGGUUCAAAUAAUGGAUCCUGCACAAGCGAUGCAGAGGCCAGUUGGAAUUCUUAACGUGAAGGUUGUGAGGGCAAUGAAGCUUAAGAAGAAAGACCUUUUGGGGGCUUCAGACCCGUAUGUCAAACUUAAACUCACUAACGACAAACUUCCAUCAAAGAAAACAACUGUUAAGCACAAAAAUUUGAACCCAGAGUGGAAUGAGGAAUUCAGUCUUGUUGUUAAGGAUCCACAAUCUCAAUCUUUAGACGUAUCUGUCUAUGACUGGGAGCAGGUUGGUACACAUGACAAGAUGGGCAUAAAUAAUGUUCUUUUGAAAGAUCUUACACCAGACGAACCAAAACUUGUGACGCUUGAUCUUCUGAAAACCCUUAAUCCAGAUGACCCUCAAAAUGAGAAAUCAAGAGGGCAGAUAGUUCUUGAAGUGAUGUACAAACCGUUUUCAGAUGAGCAAAUGUCAAGCAGCGUUGAAGAUUCGUCGAAAGAGGUACAGGCAGCCCCUGAGGGAACACCAGAUGGUGGUGGCUUGCUUGUAGCCAUUGUCCAUGAAGCUCAAGACCUUGAGGGGAAGCACCACACUAAUCCGUCCGUCCGUAUGAUUUUCAAAGGAGAAGAGAAAAGAACCAAGGUUAUAAAGAAAAAUAGAGACCCGAGAUGGGAUGAGGAAUUCCAGUUCAUGCUGGACAAGCCGCCUACAAAUGACAGGAUGCAUAUUGAAGUUGUUAGUACUUCAUCAAGAAUGGGUCUGAGAUAUCCAAAGGAAUCUCUGGGAUAUGUGGACAUACCCCUGAUGGAUGUAGUUACCAACAAGAGAACUAAUGAGAGAUACCACCUUAUUGACUCCAAGAAUGGAAAGCUUCAGGUUGAGUUACAAUGGAGAACUGCAUCUUGAUGAUCAGGUGGUUUACGUACUACAAGUCUACAAGUCUGCAACAUCACUUAAUCACUUUUGUGAAUCAAUUUCAAUUCCUUUUGGAAUUUUUCGAUACGAAUAUUUGCUUGAAAUUGUAUGUUUCUUCUGUCAAGAGGAACUACAUAGGCUCAUACUUAGGAAAAAAAGGGUUUAUUCUUUGGUGAAUAUAGGAAAUGCUAACGAAAAUGAAUGUAUCUUACUCAAAAUUUUGAAAGGUAUAAUAUUCGAGCAUACAAUAAAUGAGCCCAUGUAAUAACAAUUUUAAAGUGUUGCGGUGAAUAAGUGAACACCUGUAAUAUUUAUAAUUGUUACAUGAUCAAACCUAAACUUCCAUGUUCCAAAUCAA